AACUAAAACUAAAAACUGAAAUCUAUUUGAAAUUGUUUUAACUUUUGUUAUUCAUCCCUUCCAUCCUCCCCUCUUAUCCUCUCUCUUAAUCUCAUCCUCACUCUCAUUCUCACUCUCAUUUUUUUCUAUACUAUCUAGCACAAAAAAUGAAAGAUUGAAAACUAAAAAUUAAAAUUGAAAUUGUUAUCAAACGGGCCCUAAAUUUCAAGAACUAAAUUGACACAUUUGUCAAAGUUGAGGGGGUUAUUUGUAUCUUAUACUCUAUCGAUCUACUUAAGGGUGGCCUUUUGUGCCGUCACUUUGGUUUGCUCAGCAUAGCACAUCAACAGGAAAAUGGAAGAAUGCAAUCAAGCUGGUCCAAAUGACACAAUUAACAUGCCAUACGUUCCAUUAGAAACUUCAUUGCGGGAGGAGUUAGAUAGCUUGCCUGCCUUGUCCUCUUCGUGUUGUAUCUACAGAGUUCCCGAUGACAUACGACGUCUGGAGGAAAAGGCCUACACACCUCAAGUCAUCUCUAUAGGUCCACUUCAUCAUGGCAAGGAAGGUUUAGAAGCCAUGGAAGAGCAGAAAAAGAGGUACCUACGAGAUUUUAUACGUCGGACUAAGGUAAGCUUGAAGGACUAUAUCAAGAAAAUUAGGGACCAAGAAGCAAGACUGAGAAGUUGUUAUGCAGAACCCAUCAAGUUUAGCAGUGAUGAAUUUGUAAAAAUCAUUCUAGUGGAUGCUGCCUUCACUAUUGAGUUCUUAUUGAGGUUCUAUCUGAAAGAAUGUGGACAUGAUGGAGACCGCUUAUUAAACAAACCGUGGAUGUUCAGGUAUGUACAGCCUGACAUGUGGAUGCUAGAAAAUCAGCUCCCAUUCUUCAUUCUUGAGGAUCUUUAU